AUGGAGAAACUAUUGGAGGCCAUAAACUGCCAGUCAAGGUUGAAAGUGAAAUUAGCCGCAUCCUACUUAACAGGCACUGCUGAACUAUGGUGGAGGACUGUAAAACAAACUGCCAUAGAUUCUACUUGGGAACAAUUUAUGAAGAAGCUUGGUGAUCAAUUUUACCCACCCUCGCUUCAACGAAAGAAAGAGAAUGAAAUCUUGUUUCUGAGGCAGGGAACUAUGUCAGUGAUCGAAUACGCAAGUAAGUUCAGAGAGCUGUCUAUAUUCGCUACCGAAAUAGUGAUCUCUGAUCGGGGCAAGGCGAUUAGAUUUUUUGAAGGUCUGAGCCUCAGGAUCCAAAAAGGCACUCUUAGAUACCAAGAUUUUGAUGAUUUGUACAAUCAAGCCUUGGAGUACGAGCGUAUUUUGGAAAAAGAAGACGGGUUAUGUGGAAAAGAUCAUCGAGGCCGAAACUAUAAUGGGAAGAUUGUAUGUCAUAAGUGUCACAAGGAGGAACAUCUGGCUAAUAACUGUAGGGAAACGUUCAAUCAGAGCAAAACAAUAUCGGAUGCUACAGGUAAUAGAGCAUUUGACAAUCAGAGGGAUGAGACUUGA